GUUGAUACUAGUUCUAGUGAAGCUUAUAUUCUGUCGACAAACGUCUAAUUUUAGAACAGCUCCUCCAAUCAUGUACUAUAGAGGAUUGUCCCCCGAUAAGCGUCCCAUGAGCCUUCGAAGCAAGAUGGCUGCCGAGUGCUGAAAAAAAAGUUGAUAGGUGACAAGUGUCCAAAGAACAGAUCAGCAGCAUGAAGCCACCAAAGAGACAGAGGAAAGCAGCAGGGGGCUAUGUGCACAACUCAGCCAGUAGCUACAGGAGGUUUACUUUGUCGACCAAAUGGAGCCUGAAGGACAAGAAAAAGCUCCUCAGUGCACUGAAAAAGGUCUCAAGGCAGGAUGACUACAAUAUCAUCAAGAAGUAUGUAAAGAACAAGACAGUGGAAGAGAUAGAAGAAUAUGUGACACAGAUGAAGAAAAGAGCAGAGUCACUUGCAAGCAAAGGCAUUGAAAAGGAAAAGCAAGCUGAAAAAACUCCAGUUGAGACCUGGCUGGACACCUGUAGUGACCUGAUGAGUGAGGUUCCACCUGAGUGUUUACAGGCAUUCUCUCAGGUGCUGACUGUUGCCGCUGCAGAGCCAGCUAACUUGGAGGAGCCAGAUGACUCACCUGACUACCCUGCCAUCUAUAACUACCUGUCCUGUCUCCUGAGGAAUGCUCCUCCUCCAACACUCAAACCUCUAGAUUCUGCAGUUGUUCUAGAGCUUAUCCAGUCCCUGGCUGACAGACUGAAGACUACAGACCUGUCCCAGCUGAAGGACUGGCUACAGAGGAGGUAUCAUGACCUGAAGAAGUCCUACGUUCCUGAGAGAUACUGGCAGAAUCCAUUCAACCUUACAGAGGAGGAUCUUAGUCUUUGUGAACCUCCAUCGACUGACCACGAUAAAGUAAAGGAUUCAGCAGAACAGAGAGUGAACAAGAAACAAACAUCAGACGGCAACUCUCGUGGACGUAACACAGAAGCAGCUUCUACAGCUGACAUUCUAGAUAGUAAGAGUUCCAGUGAGGACACAGCAAGACCUUCCACAUCAACUGUUGAGCCUUCAACCUCCAGUGCUGGUACAAAGACGCGAGGAGGCGGAAAAAAACAAAUGUCUGUUGAUGGCGGCACCAAGGAAGCUGAGGAAAUCAUCUGUUUGAAUCCACUACGGAUUCCUGCCAGAUAUCUGGAACUGGAAAAGUUAGACUUUGAGAAGGAAGAAAGUGACAGUGAUGAAGAGUAAAACCAGAACUGGGAACCGGUGUGCGAAGUUCCAAUCAUCAAAGUCACUUGGUUGGAAAAAGGGACAUUUUGUCAAACCCGUUUUGCUCCUUUUUUGUAUCAAUAUUAUUGAUUCACAGAUGAUAUGCACAAUAUGUGCCAAUUUGUAAAGUUUUGUGUGAAUAAACCAAACACUUGAAAGUAAA